AUGGCAGUUACCAUACACCGCGGGCCGUAUAUAACAAUCCCCGCGAACACCUCCCCUGGCCUCCAAUUCCUCAAAUCCUUCCUCCCCGCCCUAGACUGCCUAGACCCAAUCAGCCAACCCGUCGCCCCGUUCCUACACCCCGAUGCCCUCGUCUACGUGGGCAGCAACCCGCCCAGCAGAGGUCGCCAGGUAGUCCCGCUCCUCGAAGUGCGCAGCAAACACCUCUCCGCGUUCCACCAUGACAUGGAGAUCGCCUGGGACAUCGUUCCGGAGGGAUCUGACGGGCGCACACGAACGGUGAUGUUCCAAGCGACCAGUGUGACGGUGUUCCGGAACGAUCCGGAUCAGUUUGCAGUGCGGGUGGAGGAGUUUAAUGUUCUGGAGUUGAAGGAGAGAUCAAAGGAGUUAGGGCCGGGGCAGGAACGGGAAGGUCAGUUGGAAUUGGACUUUCAGGUCGUGGAGAUGCGGACCUAUCUUGAUGCUCGGCCGGUGCAGGAUCGAGCGGCGAACUUGCAUCGGGAGACUGCAUUUGGGGGGGGGAAGCCCGUCGAUUGA